GGAAAAGGGAAAUUAUUGAGAUACUCCAUAUUUAAGAGGGAGUCCGCCUCCCAUACUAUUACUAUACAAUACAUUCUCAAACCAUCAUAGUCCGUAUAUGGCAAAAGAACACCCCAACACCCCAACUCACAGCAAACCUCCAGAAAAUAAGAACACACAAAACAAUUUCAAGAUGACCAUCCAAAACACCCAACGAAGAAGAACAAAACCAGAAGAGCCGCCAUCACAACCGCCGCCGCAAAACGCCGCCUCGCCACCUCAUUUGUCAUCCUCCUGUCCUUCUGAUGACGAGUUCUCCUUCACCAUAACCCUCCACCCCUCAUCCUCCACAAAAAUCCCCGCCCCGCCGGAUGAGGGACUCAAAACCACCAAGCCACCCACACCUUCCUUCACCGCACUCGAAGACGAUUUGUCUCCGGCAGAUGAGAUAUUCUUCCACGGGCACCUCCUCCCCCUCCGCCUCCUCUCCCACCUCCCCGUCUCCGCCCGCUCCUCCACCAACUCCAACGACAGUUUCGCCCUUCCCAUAAAGGACUACUUACAUGACAAGAAUAUAAAAAACUUGCAAAAACCAGCCAACACUCAAAUACCCAAAGAUCCAAAAGCACCCAAACCGGCGAAAUCCUCCGCCUUCUCCAUUUUCCGGCUACCGAAACGGCGAAAAGAUCAGUCCGAUUGUCCAACUCUCAUUAGAGAAGGGCAAAGGAAAGAAGAGAAGGAAAAGCAAUGGAGGAAGCUGAGAUGGGAUGUAACCCAAGUCGUGAAGAGGUACAUGAGAAUGGUGAGACCCCUCUUGUCGUCGUUCAAGAACGGCGGCGGUGGCGGGAUAAAGAGAGAGAGGCGGAAGGUGGAAACCGCCGACCGGAAAGCUCAUUCUUUUUCUUCUGGGAGUAUAAAUGUGACGAGAGGGAUCAGCAGAAGUGAUAAUAAUAUCACGAGCAGAAGAUCGUCGGCGUUUAGCGGAGGGUUGAGAGGGGAGUAUUCUGCACCCGCAUCUACCAGAACGUCCCCGACCAACAGCGGCCUUCUGGUGGCCAAACCGCCGUCGAAGUCAAAGGCGUCGAGUGAUAGCACGAUGGAAGAACUGCAAGCUGCUAUCCAAGCUGCUAUUGCUCAUUGCAAGAAUUCCAUCGCGAUUCAUGAAGAUCAUGGAAAGCCAAAUGUUGCCGUGGCUUAAUUAAUCAGAAGCUAAUGGUUAAAACAAGGUACUUAGGCCGGCCGAUAUUAUGGCACGGUCCGGUCAAGCUACGGUUCAGAAAAAAAGUUUGUCAUGAGAACCAAAUCCGUCUUGUCAGGCCGGCGGUUUAGGCGAGCCGAAUAUUCCGUCUGAAAUGCAGGAGGAGAAAGAAGCGAGGUUUUUCCCGCCGAAUUCACGGUUGGUCGGUAGCGGUUGAGAGAGUGCUGUCAAUUUAGUGGUGACGGCCCGAUAAUGUUACGUUCAACUCUCUCCUAGCAAGCAAUGUACCUGCAAGAUAGUGACUUUUCGAUUUCUUCUCGUAUUUCAUUAUUGGCAUCUUUUAUUUCGAUUGGGUAUUUUAUUGUUAGGAGUUGCGUAUAUUUGUGUAUUUAAAAUAAAAAAAUAUGCUAUGAUACAAAACGAAAUACAAAUACGUACUCCCUCAGCUCCAUCCCAAUUGAUCACACGAUUAAUUACAGAGUAAUUUUUGAUUUUGUUUUUUGAGUCAAAACUUUGUUGACUUUGGCCAUUCAAAAACUGCAUGUAAUACCUUUUAUCAAUUUUUUUGAACAUUUCAUUUUAAUACGGAGCAUUUGAUGUUCGUUGUAGUUUAUUAUAAAUUUUACAAGUGUAUAUUUUUAUAUAUUGGUGGAUAGUGGUCAAUGUUGGAAUUUGGAAACGCGAAAGUUGAAAUGUGAAUUUAAUUGAUGGAUUGGAAUAAAUUAUUGUAUUCGUUAAUCAUACUGGUGAGAAAGUACUAUGUACAGUAUUAUUUAGACUUUAUGAAUGAUAAAAUUUGUAUAUCAAAAUUUUCAUUAAAAGUUAUGUUUAAUCUCAACAAUCAAAUUUAGAUGUAUAACAAAUUAAUAUUAAAAGUUUCAUUUUCAUUAAAAGAGAAUUUUGAAAAUAGAUGUAAAACUAAGAGCCCGUUUGGUAGCACGAAAAUCGGCUGUUUUGGCUAAUUCUGCUGAAAUUUAUGAAGUUCUGGCUGAGGUGGCUGCAUUGGCUGAUUCUGCUGAUACAAGAAAAAAAUAUUUUAAAAUAUAUUUUAUUAAUAAAAUAAAGAAAAAAUUAUAUGUAAAAAUAGCUAAAAUGAUCAUCUACAGUAACUUCAGCCAAUACAGCCAGAAAAGUUACUUCAACCUUACUUUUUCGACUUAUUACACAAUUCAGCGCGCAAAAACAAAGUUUACGUGUUUGGUAAAAAAGUUGGCUGAUAAGCCUGAUAAACCGAAAAUGAGGGUUGCCAAACGGCCUCUAAAUAUCAUUGAAAAAAGGGAUAAGGGUCAGAUAGGGCCUCAAACUUGAAAAAAAAUGUCAAAUAAGGCCAU